AUGCACGCCCACACCGCCGACAACCUGGAACUUGAUUACACCACUCCCAAGCCAGACGUUGCUAAUAACGCUAUACAUCACGUUCUCAUCUUGAACAAUCUUACAAAACAGAUCGGUAAUCUUAUUCCCAGCGUGGUGGAAGAGGUAGUGUGGGCUUUUGACAAACACUGGGGCAGUGGCACCGAGUAUAAGGAAGUAUGUGUUUACGAAACUGCUCAGCGCAUCGUCGGUCCGGCUACCAACUGCGCGCUUGUCGGAAAACCGCUUUGUCGGAAUCUGGAAUCCCUUGAUACCGCCAUGGCAUACGCCCAAGCUGUCCCUCUGACAGCGACGAUUCUCAGAUUCGUUUGGGAACCGAUACCCGAUGAGGCGCGCCAGCAGGAUCCGGAGGCUCACAAGGUCACGGACGAACCGAACGACUUCCUCCAGUGGACAAUCAGACAAGCCAAACAAAUGGGCGAUCCCUACCUCUGGUCACCAACCACUCUUACUGUCCGUAUCAUGAUCCUUAACUUUGCGGCCUUGCACACCACUUCCUUCGCCAUCACCCACGCACUCCUCGAUCUGGUCGCCUCAAAGCAAGAGUACAUCGAUGAGCUCCGCGAUGAAGUUGAGUCUGUCCUCGCGGAGCACAACGGCGAGUGGAACAAGCGCGCCUUAGCCCAGAUGGUCAAAAUUGACAGUGUUCUGCGCGAGUCACAGCGGAUGAACUCGCCCAUGAGCGUAGGGCUAACGCGCAACGUAACGGCGAAAGAAGGAAUCACAACUCCCUCGGGCGUCAAGAUUCCGUACGCAGCCACGGUGUGCGUCCCGGGGUUUACAGUGAUGCACGACGACGAGGUGUAA